AUGGCCAAUGUCAUCGUCAUCGUUUUGUGUUUAAUCUUUUCGAUUCUUCCGGCUGCUAUUGCGAAUCCUCGAACAGAGCUCGUUUAUAAAUUCUGCGGUGUGGAGCAAGCUGAUAAUGUUUCAGAAUUCAACCAAAAUUAUGCAAAUGCAAUUGUAGCUAUGGAACCCGAGAUAAAAUCCAACAAAUUCUCAAUUUACGGAGAAGGAUUAGCUCCGAAUCGAAUUUUCGUUUUGGCUCAAUGUAUGGAUGAUCUAUCUAAAGAAGAUUGUCAGAUUUGUUUUUCUGCCAUUAAAACCCAAUUGCCUGGUUGUUUUCCCCAUAUCAGCGGUCGAGUUUUCUUCGAUGGGUGUUUCAUGAGAUUCGAGAAUUAUAGCUUUUUUUAUGAAUCCUCUUCUCCCCAUGACGUUAAAAGAUGCAGUGAUGCAGUGAACUUGAAGAAUGAUCAAUUUAGGGAUGUCGCUACCAAAGUCGUCAAGGAUGUGGUAACCAUGGCCCCAGUUCACGGUGGCUAUGCAGAAGGACGAAGGAAAACAUAUGGUUUAUCAGUUUAUGGCAUGGCUAUCUGCUGGAAUACUUUGGACGAAAAAGCAUGUUCUGAUUGCCUUUCAAAUGCAAGCACAGCUGUUCUUGAUUGUUUGCCAUCCAUUGAGGCACGCUCCCUUAGCGUUGGCUGCUAUUUUCGUUACUCAGAAUUUGAAUCUAGCAAUGGUUCGAAUUUCUUUAAUUCUAAAGGAGCUAUUUUCAUGUACCUUGUAUUUAUUCUUGUUGCUGUUGGUGUAUGCAUAAUAGCUAUUCUGGUUGGAUAUAUUGUGGGCACAACUCUCCAUGAAAAACGAGUGAAACACCAGACGAAACAUAAUGGUGAUUCUUCGGAUCUUGAGUCAUCUGUUAUGAAAAGGAGCCUGCAUUUCAAAUAUUCAACACUAGAGAAAUCUACAGACAACUUCAGUGAAGAACGCAAGAUUGGCCAAGGUGGAUUUGGUGAAGUCUUUAAAGGGACUUUGCCAGAUGGUAGAGAAAUUGCUAUCAAACGGAUGUUUUUAACUACCAAAAUUCGGAAUGAAGAGAUAUCCAAUGAGAUAGACAUUAUUGGACAAGCCCAACACCAGCAUUUAGUUCGUUUUCUUGGCUGUUGUUUCACUGCCGAUGACAGCUUUCUUGUAUAUGAGUAUCUAGAAAAUAAAAGCCUUGAUCUUAUCUUAUUUGAUCCAAAGAAGAAGAAAGAAUUGGAUUGGAAGAAAAGGCUCAAAAUAGUCGAAGGGACAGCUGAAGGUUUAGAAUACCUUCACAAUGAUUGCCAAGUUCGAAUCAUUCACAGAGACAUCAAACCUAGUAAUAUCUUACUAGACUCGAAAUAUCGUCCCAAAAUUGCAGAUUUUGGUCUUGCCAGAGUUAAUAUCAGGGAAAAAGGAAGUGCACCUCUUGUCAUUGCAGGCACAUUCGGAUACAUGGCUCCGGAGUACCUUGCUCAAGGACAAUUAACAGAUAAAGUGGAUGUUUAUAGCUUUGGAGUUCUUAUCUUGGAAAUAGUAAGCGGACGGGAGUUCAACAAAAUUCCAGCCAAUGACACUCUAGACACCCUUGUAACCAUUGCUUGGAAACAUUUCAAGGAGAAAAGGGCAUAUCGGAUAAUAGAUCCAAUUAUGGAGAUAGAAGAUGUGAAUGAAGUAGUAAGGGUGGUUCAAAUUGCGCUGCUAUGUACUCAAGAGUCACCUAUUAUGCGUCUAGAUAUGUCAACAAUCAUUAAACUACUUACACAAGAAAACUUAGAAGUGCCUGUUCCUUCAAAGCCUCCUUUCAUUGAUGAUUCAUUUUAUGGUUCCGAACAACAUGGCUCUAUUCAUCAGCAUCAUCCCUCUGCAUCAUCAGUUGAUUCUUGCAGAUAUUAUGACACACACCAAGAUAAUGGCUCUUUUCAUCAUUAUCGUCAUCAUCCCUCUGCAUCAAUUGAUUCUUGUUAUGACACGGAAAGUGUUUUAGGAUGACAAUGGUGCUCUCUUUAUGGCCUCUGCAAAAACAGAGCUAGC